AUGGCCGAGUCGGUUGCGGGUAAACCCUUUACGUCUUCACCAGCUAUCAAGGCCGCGUUUUUGAACUACCUCGAGACUCACCCAAAUAAGCGCCGAGUGACCCCAGUCGAACGAGAGGAGCUGAUCGGAUGGCUCACCAACCUCCACGCCCCGCCUUCGUCGCAGAAGGAGUUCAGCCGUCGAAACUAUGUGCGGAAGACUUUCGCGUGGGAUGAAGAUGGCCAGAUGCUCGUGGCGGUUUCGAGGAACGGUCAAGAGAACCGAGCAGUCAUCACCGAGGAUAACAUCAUCGAGGUGGUAGAACUCGUGCAUACCUCCAAUGGCCACGCAGGGUGGGACGCGACAUGGAGGGAUGUUAGUCGCUCCUACUACGGCAUCAUGCGAGCCGAUGUGAUCUUCCUGCUUAAACGGUGCGACAUUUGCGUAUCGAACCCUCGCAAGCGCCCCAAGGGCUCCAUCUGGACGAGCGCUGGCCCAGAGCGCGCUGGCCCAGAGGCCUGUGAGCGCCAGAAUGGCAACGAGCUACCGAGUCUGGUACAUCACGAAGACAGCAGUUUGGUUCAGUUCUUUGAUAUGGCUAUGCCGCACGGGCGAAUAAGUGGCGAAGAGGGCAGCUGA